AGGGCAUUUGUGCAAUUUCAUGAUUUAAGGGAAAAAAAUGGCUCAGAAUGAAUAAAAUAAACCUACCGGCAACAACCAACUUCAUUGAAACUGUCAGCAAACACAAACAACACAGUACAGAAUGGCUAGAAAUUUGAAAAUGGUUAUAACCAAAGAGAACACUAUAACAAAAGAGUUUCUUUCACUUUCUCUUUGUUGCUGUUCGUAUUGGCAUGAUGAUUCAGCCAUGGCUAUGCUUAUCUUUUAUCUUGUUACUGUUGUCCUCCUCUGUUCUUUCCCUUUCUUCUGUUAAUCAAUACCCCUCACAGAACACCGCAAUGUCUACUGAAACGAUCUCUUCCAUUCAAAGUCUUGCGAUGCCAGUGCCUCCUCCAGCACCGCCACCACCACUAUCUCCACCGUCAUCAAAUCGAAAAGUUGUGAUAGCUGUAAUUGCCACAGCUACAAUCGUUCUUAUCAUCUUCUUUUUCUGCCACAAAUAUGGUAGAUGCCGGCAGAAAAAUAAAGUUGACACAAGCUUCCAACAAGAAGGCAUCGUGACUUCUGAAGACUUCAGAAAAUUUGGUAAAAGAGUGAAAGGACUAAUUGUCGAUGAAAAUGGAAGAGAUGUAGUUUAUGUCAAAGAUUUAGAAGACAAAAUACUUAAAUCCAAGUUCUCAAAGAUUUCGUUCAAUCCUAACUAUGAAGAAGAAGAAGAAGAAGAAAUGAGGGGGGAUGUGACAGUAGAGAGACCAAUAAAAUGUAAGCCUCAGGAGGUGAAAGAUAGUCAUGGGAAGGAGAUAGAAUCAGUUCAACCAAAGCAGCAAUCUCGGGCAAUAGUUCCGUCUAUUCGAAGUUUGUCACUACAUCCCCCAUCAUCCUCUCUAAGAAAGAAAGUUCUAGCACCAUCAUCACUAGCAGCAAAGCCCCCGCUGCUGCCACCUCCACCGCCACCACCACCACCUCCUCCUCCUCCUCCAUCACCACCGCCACGUCCUUCUCCUCCACUACUACCACCACCAAGAAUAUCAAAGAGGACUAUACCACCACCUCCUCCACCUGGGGCUGGCGGUUUGGUUUCAUCACUAAGACCCCCAACAGCACCAAAAGGGAACACAAACAACAAAAGUGGAGCACGGGCUUCAACAGAAAGAUGCUCAAAAGGGACUAGUGUUGGCCAAAUGAAGUUAAAGCCAUUGCACUGGGAUAAAGUUAUAGCUAAUGCUGAUCAUUCAAUGGUUUGGAAUGAGAUCAUUGAUGGCUCUCUCAGGUAUUCUGCUUUUAUAUUUUAAUUCCUUGACCAUUCUUCACGCUCUAAAUCAUUUCCCUUAGUAGGAAUUCCUUAAUGCAUUGUUGUUUCUCUUUUAUUUCUUCUUUCUUCUUCUUCAGAUUUGAUGAUG